AUGUCGAGUAAUUGUCUUACAGUGCUCGAAGACGCCGCCCCGCCGUCGACUGGCAAGACCAAGAAGUCUGUCCGCAUUCUCUCGCCCACUACUACGAUUCCACCGCCCAUCUUUGACGACUCAGAUGCGACCUUGAACGAGCUUAUGGCCCGGCGAUCGAGCCAAGGUCGGCCUGCAAGCCCACCGCCUCCCGUAACACCCGCCGGCUUUGUCAACAACUCUGUCACAGCGGGCGAAGCCAAUGCCCAAGUUGUCGGGAAAGACGCCAUGGCAAUAGCGGACGCGUCCCCAAACCCGAGAUCAACCUUUGGCGAGCCGCUGGCGAUGCAAUCGCCGGGUAACGUACCAGCGAAUCCAUUCUCGAGAACACUGGCCUCGUUAGAACCCCAAGACAAAGAGAGCGAGGAGGAGCGGACGAACACGGGAAGACCGAUGCUAGGCAACAGCAGAGCUUCCUUGGAUGUGGAGAGCUUCAAGAACCUACUCCUGACCGGAAAGGCUACUCCGCGACCAUCCGGUCCGCCUCAGCAGUCUACGAGCGCAUCACAACCCGUCGCAGGCGCGCAAUUCGAGACCAGUAGUAGCACGGAUACCUCCUCAGUCUCCCGGCAAUCGCUAUUCGAGCCCAUACAAGAAUCCCACGCUGACUCGCCACGUACAUCGGUCGAUAUGGCUGACUCGGAAGAGGACGAGAGCAUGGGGCUAGUCUCCGAGGUGAAGAAGGGCAAAAAGAAGCCCCCACCUGCCCCCAAGCAUCGACACGGAAAGCUCGUUACGCAGAGACAGCCACAGACAGUGUCCUUCGAGAGCUUUGCAGCCACAGAGCCAACACCACCGCCGGCUAUCAGACGGACAGACAGUUCGGAUACAAACAAGCCGCUCCCCCCAACUCCCGUUGCUGCGCCGCAGUCAUCCCAUAUCAGCACGCAAGAUACCACCCCGCUACAAUCCCAACCAACCCCACCAGCACAAGACCUGCCUUCACCGCCUUCGGAAGGCACAAAUAGACAAAAGAAGGCACCUCCGCCCGUGCCAUUGGCCCGUAGGCAGAGUCAGCUCAAGACGACGACGACAACAGGCAAUAGAUCGCGGAGCAGUUCAAACCUUACGAUAUCAUCUCAGCACUCGGUUGACCCCAUACAAAGCCCAGUUCCAAGUAACGUCGACCCGUUUGGAGCAAAGUCACCACCACGUCCUCCACCUUCACGACACGGCGCACGACUCGCAAACAUAGGCAACUCAAGCGCGAACUCUUCUAGCACCGAACUGCCACAGCGUUCAAGUUCGGGUCGAACGCCGAGAUCUGUUCCAGAACCCCCUUCAUCCCGCCGGAGCACUCUAGAAUCCCAACCUUCGUCACCCGCGCCGAGUGUGCACCGCGCCUCAUCCAUAUCGUCCAAUCGCAAUACCCAGCGAAACGUAUCUGGAGAAAGCACAGGAAGCAAUAUGCCGCCACCUCCGCCUCCACCAAGACGCCGAUCGAAUCGCUCAAGCCUUGAUCAGCAAAGACCUCAGAUACCCUCUUCGUCCCCCACAGAAAGCCGACGGACAAGCACGGAGUACCGCCGUACAAGUACAGAGCACAGACGGACGAGCGUAGCCAGCGAAAGCUCAUUGAGAAGGGAAUACGCGCCUGCAGACGAGAAAGGUGGGAACGAAUAUGCCUUAUACUCGCCAAUGGAAGAGAGCGAGAAGAAGCUAGGUCUCGAUGAAAACAUGGCUGGUGGGAAGGAGGGCGAGGGAAGGAGCGACUCAAGUAACAUCCUCGACGAUAUGGAAAAGUUCCAACGCGAGAUCGACGAGUUGAGGACGAAGUAUAAACAAACGGGAUAG